AUGGCAGCAUUGGCCUUUUCAAAGGCCUUUUGCCUUGGUCUCAUCCUCUAUCUUUCCCUUUCAGAAGCAAGGUCCCCACGAAGUAGAAGAGAUGCAACUGAAAAGUGCCCAACUCCAGCGACUCCAGAAAAUGGAAAUGUUGAAUGCCUGCUUGAUUCACUAGGCCUUGAUGUGUAUUGUUCAAUUAGUUGCAAGAGUGGCUAUGCCUUUGAAGGCAUUACUGAUACAGACCUUCUGUUUGUAUGCGAUGUGAAUUCUGGAUUCAAUGAGGAUCCAGUCACUCCACCAUGCAUUGCACAGUGCACCCUGCCUUGCCUCAAUAAUGGCACAUGUGUGGCACCAAAUAAAUGUGAGUGUGUGGGAAACUGGCACGGAGUUCAAUGUGAACACAAUCAGAUACUUUGUGCUGACCCAAUACCUGGACGGUUUGGCAUAGUUGACUGUGUGCCUGACAAUAAAGGAGGUAAAGUUUGUGUUCCACACUGCUAUCCAGGCUUUAUAUUUGAGAAUCUACCCCCACUGCAGUAUGCUUGCAGCAAGGAUGGCAUAUGGACUCCAGAUGCAAGUAGGAUUCCAGAUUGUAUUCAAGACAUGGCCCACACGGUUGCCCCAGUUACAGUUGGCAGGAUUACAGUUGAAGCUGUGUGUGCUGCCUGGGGUACGAACCAUUAUCGGACAUUUGAUAACAAGGUCUACAACUUUGAGGGACACUGCCGGUACACUAUGGUGUCUGCACCAAAUAGCUUUGAGAUAAUGCUGGUCAAUGAUCCUGCUUGUACAAGUGGAAGUGCCUGUAACAGAUGGGUAGAAAUCUUCCAAGGUGAUGAUAUCAUUUCUCUACACACAGGAACAAAUGGUCCUGAAGUCACAUGGAAUGGUCAGAUUCUUGCUGUGCCAGGCUUUAAGGAGGGCACAGUAUUUGAACAGCUUGGGAGUUACCUGACCUUCAAGAGUUCCCUAGGAUACAGCAUCAAAUGGGAUGGCAAACAGUCCAUUUUUGUGCAGGUACCUGCAGAGCUUAAGGGGAAAAUAUUAGGACUUUGUGGUAAAUACAAUGGUAACCCAGCUGAUGAUUUCACAAAUCAACAAACUCAGCUGCUGACAUCACCACAAGAUUUUGGAGUUAGCUGGAAAAGGAGCCUGCUUGGAGAGAAUGCUUGCCCUGAUGCACAACAAACUGCUCAGUGUAGUUCUCAGUCACAAAGUCAACAAGUUGCAAGCACUACAUGUGGAAUUAUCUUGGUUGAUCCAGCUUUCAUUCCUUGUCAUAAUGUUGUAGAUCCAGCACCUUAUGAUGAUUCAUGCCAGAGUGACUGUUGCAGCAGCAAUUCAGCAUCCUGCUUGUGUGAUUCUCUGGAAGCCUAUUCCAGGGCUUGCAUGGAUAAGGGAGUAAAACUGAACUGGAGAAAGCAAGGCCGCUGUGAAAUGACCUGUCGCAAUGGCAUGGUAUUUAAGGAAUGUGGCAGCUCAUGUGUGAAGGACUGCAACACUGUGGGUACAGCAUGCACAGACCCAACUUGUGUUGAUGGCUGCUUCUGCCCUGAUGGUACAGUCUUGCACAAUGGAACCUGUAUUACAGCAGACUUGUGCCCUUGUGAAUAUGAAGGGCAUCAGUUUAAACAAGGUGAUGUUAUUCACCAGCAGUGUAACAACUGCACCUGUGUUGCUGGUUCAUGGACUUGCACUCAUGUCACUUGCGAAAAGACCUGCUCCGCCACUGGGGAUCCUCAUUAUGAAACCUUUGAUGGCCUCCGCUACAACUUCAUGGGCACCUGCUCUUACUACUUGGUCAAGGAUCCCGACUUCAGUGUUAUAAGUGAUAAUGUACAGUGUGGGAAUGGAGAUGCAUCCUGUACAAAAUCAAUCACCCUUCUUUUGAAUGGUACAAUAAUCAGAAUGGACCAGAACCAUCAGCUGUUUAUCAAUGGUCAAGAAAUUAAAGCGCUACCAUAUGAAACAGCAGGAAUUAAAGUCUCCAUGGUUUCUUCUCUUUUCAUGCAGGCAGCUUUCAGUAAUGGUGUCACUGUCUUGUGGGAUGGCAAAACUCGAGCUUAUAUUAAGGCACCAUCAUCAUUUUAUGGGAGAACCAUUGGCCUGUGUGGCACAUUUGAUGGGAAUCAAGGCAAUGACUUCAUGACAGAGCAUGGGAACAUUGAGACAAUACCUAAUGCAUUUGGCAACCACUGGAAGACUGAUGUGUUGUGUACUAACAUGUCUAUAGAAAUUCAACAAAAUCCUUGUGACGUUAAUCCUCAAAGAAAGCUUCAAGCAGCCUCACUCUGUGAUCAUCUGAAGAGUGAUGUUUUCAAAGCCUGUCAUGGUAUAGAAGAUGUUACUCCCUACUAUGAGGACUGCAUCUAUGACCUGUGUGCAUGUACAGGCAACAUGAAGGACUGCAUGUGCCCAAACAUAGGCAGCUACGCUGACAGCUGUGCAGCUAAAGGAGUCAAGAUUAGUUGGCGAUUUAAUAUCACAGAAUGCAUGAUACAGUGUCCAGCUGGUCAGGAGUAUAAAAUCUGUGGCAAGCCAUGUGAGCGCACCUGCAGGGACAUUGCUCUCAACACAGACACAUUGUGUGAUGCUAAGUGUGUGGAAGGCUGUAACUGUCCUGAUGGUCAGACACUGGGAAAUGAUGGUAGAUGUAUACCCAUUUCAUCCUGCCCCUGUAUAUUUGAUGGCCGUGUAUAUCCUGCUGGCUUUACCACUCUAAGGGAAACAGAAAUUUGUGUCUGUGAUGGCGCAAAAUUUGUGUGUACCAAAGUCACUAAUCAUGAUUUAACAGAAGUGAAACCCCUGUGUCCAGAUAAUGCAGUUUAUGCUGAAUGCAUGUCAAACUGUAGACUCACUUGUGAGAACAUGCACAACCCUCCAACUUGUGGCAGUGCACAAUGUAAGGCAGGAUGUGAAUGCUCACCAGGCUUUGUCUUUGAUGGAGAACAUUGUGUCAAUGCAUCAUUGUGUCCAUGCUAUCAUGCUGGAAAAACCUUUUUUGAGGGAGAAACAUUCAUGCAAGACUGCAAUGAAUGCACAUGUGUUUCACAAAGAUGGCAGUGCACAAAAAAUGAGUGUCCAUCAGUGUGCAGUGCAUAUGGAGAGUCUCACUACACCACCUUUGAUGGCCGCCAGUAUGAAUUUCAAGGAUCUUGUGAUUACGUGCUUCUGCAGUCAGUCAAAGGCAGCGAUAACAAAUUUGUCAUCACCACUCGCAACAGUCAGUGCGGUACCUCUGGUGUCACCUGCUUUAAAGAGAUGAAUUUUAUUAUUGGAGAGGAAGGCACAGCAAAUUAUUACAGACUUCAGCUUAUCAGAGGACAGUCAGUUAUACCAGACCCUGGGUCUCCAUUCACUGUGAAGGAAGUAGGUGACAUGGUCUACAUAAGAACACCAUUUGGUGUCACUCUACAAUGGGACAAACAAACCAGAGUCUAUGUUCAGCUGUCAGCAGACCACAUUAACAAGGUGGAAGGUCUGUGUGGAAACUUCAACCAUGAUUCAACAGAUGAUUUAAAAAACAGCAGAGGUAUUGUUGUUGUGAGGCCCACUGACUUUGCAGACAGCUGGAAACUUCAGAGCACUUGUGCUCCAUCACAGGAGAUCUCAGAUACAUGUCAGAAUAGUACUCAGAGGAAAUCCUGGGCUCAGCUGAGGUGCUCAGUCCUUGCCUCUGAUCUGUUUAAGCCCUGCCACAAUUUUGUUGAUUACACAAACUUUAUGAAACGAUGUCAGUAUGAUGCUUGUGGCUGUGACCUGGGAGGUGACUGUGAAUGUUUAUGCACUGCUGUUGCUGCCUAUGCUCAUGAGUGUGCUGUUGCUGGUGUACCAGUACAGUGGAGGAGUAAUGAUUUAUGUC